AUGCUGGCUCAGGGCCGGCGCUGGAGAGCUCCAGCUAGGAGGGGAAAUCGGCUGUUGGUUGCCUCCCUCAUCCCUCCCAACUACCUCCUUUUCCCCCCCGGUUCGGAUCCAAAGACGCUCCCGGGCUCGCGACCAAGUUCCCCAGAAAAUCCCAAAGUAUGCGCUGAACGGUGCGCUUGGAGGCGGCGGCGGAGGAGCAGGAUCCCGCCGCAGCGGCUGGCAGUCUACACUGCCGGACUCGGCUUCCCUUCGCCUUCCGCGGCUGCGCAUCCACCUGCUAAGCGGCGCCAGAGGGAGGUGUGGCGGCCGGGAAGCCGGGGGAGCAGAGUCGAGCGCCUCCGGAGCGGAGAAAGGAGCCCGCGCCCCGCGCCCCGUUCCUGCCGCACUCGCCCGGGCCGCCCGGAGCCCCGAGGAGCCCAGAUGGCCGGGGCUCAGCCCGGGGUGCACGCCUUGCAACUCAAGCCCGUGUGCGUGUCCGACAGCCUCAAGAAGGGCACCAAAUUCGUCAAAUGGGAUGAUAUGGAUCAAACCCGAGUCCUAAACUGUCUGGUGAUUCCUAGCCCACCUAGCACUUUUAUGGGAACCCACAGGGCAGAGGACACAGCGGUCCGGCCAACAAGGUGGUCGUUGAUACUAAACUUCUGCGCCUGGCUCCGGAGUGCGGGGACUUGA